UUUUUUUUUUGUGCCUUGCAGUACGUGCCUGGAGAGUUUGUGGAUAUAAUUAUUGACUGGAAUCUGGGCUGUUGCGGUUGUACGUGGGGGGGGGAGAGAGGGAGAGAGGAGGAAAGAAAGAGUCCCCCCCCUCCGCCGACCCUCCCUGCUCCCUCUCCCCACAUAUUUUUUUUUUUUCUCCCCCUUUGGUGCUGGUUCGGACAUUCCAUGUAUUGAAUGAACUGGAAUUGCUUUCCGUGUGAGGAGGAUGGUUGCUGUUACUUUGUGAUGAGAUCGGGAAUGAAUUGCUCGGUUUAAAAAUGCUGCUUUGGAUUCUGUUGCUGGAGACGUCUCUUUGUUUUGCUGCUGGAAACGUUACAGGGGACGUUUGCAAAGAGAAGAUCUGUGCCUGCAACGAGAUAGAAGGGGAUUUGCACGUAGACUGUGAGAAAAAGGGAUUUACCAGCCUGCAACAUUUCACCGCCCCAACUUCCCAGUUUUACCAUUUAUUCCUGCAUGGCAAUUCCCUGACUCGACUUUUCCCUAAUGAGUUUGCUAACUUUUACAAUGCAGUCAGUUUGCACAUGGAAAACAACGGUUUGCAUGAGAUUGUUCCUGGGGCUUUCCUUGGGCUGCAGCUGGUGAAACGCUUGCACAUAAACAACAACAAGAUCAAAUCAUUCAGGAAGCAGACUUUCCUGGGGCUGGACGAUCUGGAAUACCUCCAGGCAGAUUUUAAUCUAUUGCGGGAUAUUGACCCGGGAGCAUUUAGGGACUUAAACAAGCUAGAGGUGCUGAUUUUAAAUGACAAUCUCAUCAGCACCUUGCCCCCCAAUGUGUUUCAGUAUGUGCCGAUCACCCACCUCGACCUCCGGGGAAACCGUCUUAAAACCUUGCCUUAUGAGGAGGUCCUGGAGCAGAUCCCAGGCAUUGCUGAAAUCCUGCUAGAGGAUAACCCCUGGGACUGCACUUGCGAUCUGCUGUCAUUGAAGGAAUGGCUGGAAAACAUACCCAAAAAUGCUUUGAUCGGCAGAGUGAUUUGUGAGGCUCCCACUAGGUUGCAGGGCAAAGAUUUAAAUGAGACCACAGAGCAAGAGCUGUGCAAAAAGAACAGAGUGGAUUCUAGCCUAGCUGCUCCCCCUGCCGAAGAAGAAACCUGCGAUCCUGGUCCCAUUCCAACCCCCUUUAAAAUACAUGGCAAAGAAGACCCUGCCACGCCAGGAUCUGGUCCAAACGGAGGUACAAAGAUUCCUGUCAAUUGGCAAAUCAAGACCAGACCCACUGCUGCCGUGUCGACAGUUAGUGCCAAGAGCAAGCUACCGGCUACCGUGUCCUGCCCGCAGAUCUGCAGCUGUGAUCAGAUCCCUGGCUCAGGUUUAAAGGUUAAUUGCAAUGACAGGAAUGUGAGCAGCUUGGUAGAUUUGAAGCCCAAGCCGUCCAAUGUGCAGGAGCUGUUUCUUAGAGACAACAAAAUACACACCAUCAGGAAAUCCCACUUUCUGGAUUACCGGAAACUUAAUUUACUCGAUCUGGGCAACAACAACAUCGCCACCGUGGAGAACAACACCUUCAAGAACCUCUUCGAUCUUCGAUGGCUUUACAUGGAUAGCAACUACUUAGACACCCUGUCCCGGGAGAAAUUUGCUGGGCUGCAAAACCUGGAGUAUCUGAAUGUGGAGUUUAAUGGGAUCCAGCUGAUCAUGCCCGGCACCUUCAAUGUGAUGCCCAAACUGAGAGUCCUCAUCCUCAACAACAACCUGCUGAGGUCUCUUCCGGUAGACGUGUUCGCUGGAGUCUCACUUUCGAAGCUGAGCAUACACAACAAUUAUUUCAUGUACCUCCCGGUGGUGGGGGUGUUGGACCAGCUCACCUCCAUCACCCAGAUCGACCUGCAUGGCAACCCGUGGGACUGUACUUGCCCUAUCGUGCCUUUCAAACAGUGGGCGGAGAUGCUGCGCCCCAAGGUGAUUAUGAGCGACCUGAGGUGCGAGUCCCCUGAAGAUUUCUUCAAGGAGGAUUUCGAGUCUCUCUCCAACGAUGUGAUUUGCCCUCAGUUAAAAAUCUCGCCCACAUUAACUUCUCCUAACAAAACCAGCACUGGGUUGACAGAGACAGGUACUCACUCCAACUCCUACUUGGAGACCAGCCGGGUCUCUAUUUCGGUGCUGGUGCCAGGGCUCCUGCUGGUUUUUGUGACCUCUGCCUUCACGGUGGUUGGCAUGCUGGUGUUCAUCCUGAGGAACAGAAAGCGGUCCAAGAGGAGGGACGCCAACUCCUCUGCAUCUGAAAUCAACUCCUUGCAGACGGUCUGCGACUCGUCCUACUGGCACAACGGGCCCUACAGCACCGACGGGGCCCACAGGGUUUACGACUGCGGCUCCCACUCCCUGUCAGACUGAGGCAGCGGGCGGGACCAAGGGGGGCCGCCACCCGGGACCGGCCCUUCGCGCUCAGGCCAGUGGGAUGGCUCCGCACCUCGACUACCUUUGCUGAGAAACAAAACACACGCACGCACGCCUCUCCUCACGACCCCCAUAGCAAGCACCGAGGCCUGGUGUGGGGGGGGAGCCUGGCACCGGGGCACACCCCUGCAGCUCCACGCAGCCCGGCGUGGUGGGCGCAACCUCCUCCCGUGCGCUGCCGGGACAAGCGAGGACCCGCUUCCUUCGGCUCCGGCGGGGCGAGACUCGGCUCCUGGGUUUGUUGGGCUUUUGUUCUAUUGUGUUGGGGUUUGUUUUGCUUUUUUGCCCUCUUCCCUUAUGGACCGACUCCUCUCCGAGAGGCCGGGAAGAGGAGGGGGACGGAGGAAAGGCUGGUGUCGGCCUCCUCCUGACAGCAAAGCAGGAGUGGAAAGUUGCACGAAGGCAUGAAUGUAAUGUAAAUAAAUGACUCCGACUCCGAAAUAAACAGACAAAUGGACAAAAAAAAAAAA